CUGGUUUUGCACCAGCACUGGGCUAAAGUAGCUCUAAGCAGAGUGCAGAUUCUUAAUUGUGCUAUUUCUAGGGCUAGUGCAGCCUUCAGUGCAGCAGCCUGCGCGAGAGAGCUGCGCAGAUAGUCUACACCGCCGUGAGAGCCAUGAGCUCAAUGCACGCAUGCGUGCUCCUCGCGCUGCUGCAGCGCACAAGCGGCCUGCGACCCGUGCGCGCCAUCUCGUUGGACAUCACGGGCACCCUCGUCACGCACAAAGGCUCAGUGGUGCAGCAUUACGUCGACGCCGCGGUCUGGGCGCGGUUGAAUGAUCCUCCUUCGGUAGACGAGAUGAAGCCAGCGUUUAAGCAGGCCUACAAGGAGCGUUGUUUGGAGAGCCCGUGCUUCGGCGGCGCCGAGGGCAUUAGUGGCCGCGACUGGUGGCGCGGCACCGCGCGCCGCGUGAUGGAGUUGUGUGGAAGGUCGUACGCGGAGGAGGACUUCGACCGCUGGUUCCGCCGCGUCUACCAGCACUUCGGCUCGCCCAAGGGCUACGAGGUGCUGCCCGACGCGGCCGUAUUCCUCGACAAAAUCUCCGACGUGUACCUCCUCGGCAUCUGUAGCAAUACGCCGAACCGCCACUCGGCCUCGGUGCUGCCGAUGUUGGGCAUACACGAGCGGUUCAAGUUCUUCGCAUCGUCGCAGGACGUAGGCCACGAGAAGCCGGAUCCGGAAAUCUUCGAGGACGCCUUCCGGCAAGCCAAGUUUUGGCUGCCCGAUCUGAAGCGCGACGAGGUGUUACAUGUUGGUGAUUCGCUCGCGUGUGAUUUCUGUGGCGCGCGUGCGUUCGGUUUUCAGGCGUUGCUGUUGGAUCGAUCCGGCAACGAGAAAGUGGUCGCCUACCAGGACUGGGUGCAGGCGCCGGACUACGAGGGCAAGUCCGCGGCCGACAUCGAGAACGGCACGGUCCGAAGCCUCGCGGACGUCGUGGCGCUCGUCGAGAUCUCGAACGCGGAGCCGGGGGCGUUUAUCAGGGUAAUGUAGUAGUUGUGUGAACAGAACAAUCUUGUUACGCAUCCCACGGCGCUAUGCCCUGGCACGCGCAUUCCUCCUCCCAUUCUCCCUGCCACUUC